CUUGGUUAAUUAAACUUCUUAGCUUCUUCCUCAUACCAAUGGCAAAGCUAUUCCAUUUCCUCCCUCUCCUCUUCCUCACCAUGAUAAUCCAAACAAUUCAUGCUCAAACAAUAGCGCCAGCACCAUCAGGACCCACCAACAUCACCCAAGUCCUAGAAAAAGCAGGGCAAUUCACAACAUUCAUGAAACUUCUCAAAGCAACACAAGUAGCUGAUCGCAUCAAUUCUCAACUCAACAACUCAAACCAAGGCUUAACCAUCUUUGCACCCACUGAUAAUGCGUUCUCAAGUCUAAAAGCAGGAACACUAAACUCCAUCAACACCCAAGAUCAACUCCAGCUGUUGCAGUUCCAUAUACUCCCAAAUCUCUACACAAUGUCACAGUUCCAAACAGCAAGUAACCCAUUGCACACACAAGCUGGGAACAGUGAUGAUGGAGAGUACCCUUUGAAUGUUACCACCUCAGGGAACCAAGUGAAUGUAACAACUGGGGUGGUGGAUACAACAGUGUCCAAUGUUAUAUAUAGUGAUAACCAACUUGCGGUGUAUCAGGUGGACAAGGUGCUCCUUCCUAUGGCACUCUUUGGCCAAGCGCCGACAGCGGCGCCGGCGGAGGCUCCGGCGCCGACAAAGCCGGAGAAAAAUGUCCGGGAGGCUGACUCUCCAACAGGAACGUCGGAUACAUCGGUUGAUGCUUCGAGUGCUGUGAGUUUGAAUAGCCAGACAGUUAAAGGUGUUACAUUCGUUGUUUCGGUUAUUGCUAUGAUUGUUUCUUGUUUCUGAAUGUAAUUCUUAGGAUGUCUCGUGUUUUUCUGUUUCUAUUAUUAUUAUUUUUCCCUCCUCGAGCUAGUUUGGGUUUAUUGAUGAUGGGGGUGGAGAUCUCGUGUGCUGUUGUUGUUACGAAGAUGAAAAAUUUUGGGUUCAAUA